ACAUUCGCUGCAACAUCUGGGACUGUAAGUGUGCUGUCGAGAAUGACAAAUAUCAGAUGAGGAUUAGACUGUGUGUUUGCCGUCAAGGAUGUUUAAAAAAGCAAUGGAGCAGCUGAUCAGCCAGAUUGAUUGUGGAGGCGAGCUGACGCCAGCCACCAGUGCGUACGACUCGGAGAGGUUUAAGCCUCUGUGCCUGGUCCACAGGAGACGUGGUGGCCCAUUCUGGAGAAAGGCCAGGUACCGUGGCACGGAUUUCAAGCUGAAGCAGAUACUGGCUGAUGGAAGCAACUUACCGACUGUUCAGCAGACUGAUAUGUCCUUCCAGUUUUCGAAGUCAUUCGAGCGGCCGAUUAAAGGGAUGGCUAAGCUAAGUAUCGAUCCACUGGUGGGAAAUGUUGCGAUUACAAAUAAAGUGAGCAAAACCAUACAGCUGGAAGGAACCAAGCAAGUUUACAUCAGAGUGUCAGAUCUAGCUGAGUGCCUGGAAAACAGUAAGGUCAGUCGGUCUUGGGAGCUCAUUGAAAGAAAUUACUCAGGCGAUCUCUGUAUAGUGACUGAAGUAUUAUUGUCAGUGCAACCCCUCACACUGAAGAAAGUUCAUCAAAGUGGAUCAGAAUUCUACGUAACCAUACCUUCCAACUCCCUGGUUGGAGAACUAGCCACGGUGGGUGCAGAAUACGAUCUUUCUACAGAUAGCACACUGUGCAUCCCUGAGGGAUCAGUCCUUGCCUACAAAGUGUGGGACCUCUCCCUCACAAAAGAGGAUGUGCUGUGUCUGUCGAAGCCAAAGUGGAGGAACCAGGCGAAGUCUUUGUUUUGCCAGGACACUGCAAAUGUUAAUGGAGAUGAAGUGUUUGAAAUCUGCUGCGAGCUUCAAUGUCUCGACAAAGGUUUGAAGCAACGUCUCCUGGGCCUCGUGUGUCAGAUCAUUGAAGACUCUGAACUUCUUUCAAUUCUGAGUGAUGUGCUGUGUGAGGCUUGUGCUGGAACCGACUACACCCUCUCAGAGCUGGAGAAACUGGAUAAAAAGAGAAGAGAGUGCGGGGAAAACCUCCUGGCCAUCUGGAGUGAGGACCAGUUGAAGAAUGCAGUCGAGGACAACCUUCUUAAGGCUGUCUCUAUUCUCUUUGCAGCUUUGGAAGAUCUGCCACCAACAACGUUACCAGUGCUAAUUCAAAGUUUGAAGAUGCAGAUUCUGCCCCAGCAGCUCACCCUGGUCACCGGCAUCCUCAAGGAUCUUGAUCACAGCCAAGUGGACCAGGCGCUGAAGGUGGAGACAGAAAGUUUCACGGAGGAUGCGUUUGGAAUAACUGCGGAGAUGCUGACUGAUGUCGGGCUUCACCUGGAGAGGGACAGUGUCCAGAAAACGAGGGAACCCAGUCUCCAUGAACUGUCCGUGGCCUUGUACUGUCUAAACGCGCUGAGCAGCAACUGAGGGAAUGAAUGAAGGGGGUCCCAACACACAAAUCACUUUGAACAAUCUGUUUCUCUUCAUUAUUAUUUUAUCCAAGACAAGGAUAAAAUCGUAAAAUCCUCUAUUAAACUAGAUCUUAGUUCCCUCAGC